CUCUGGCAACAUGAUUAAACACAUACUCAUUCUCUGUGCUUUUCGAAUUAUUUUAGUAAAUUCCAAUACCAUUUCUUCCAAAAGAUUGAUAGAAAUUAUCAAUUCACAAAAUUCAACAUGGAGAGCAGGUCUCAAUUUUCCCGAAGAAACACAUACAAAUCAUGUAAAACAACGAUUGGGAUUUUUGAAAAAUCAUCCUGAUCCAAAUUUUCAACCUGAAAGGAGAAUCCACAAUACCGUCGCAAAAAUUCUUCCUAAAACUUUUGACGUUCGAGAUAAAUGGCCUAAGUGUAGUGAAAUCAUCGGCCACAUUAGGGACCAAGGAAACUAUGGCUCUUCUUGGGCUUUUGCCCCUGUUGAAGUCAUGUCGGAUAGACUGUGCAUUCAGAGUAAUGGUCGUGUAAAGUUUGAAUUCUCUGCUGAAGAUCUAAUGUCUUGUUGCUCCUGCCAACUUGAUGAAUCGGAGAAUCGUGCUGAUGGUUACUUAGAUCUAGCUUGGGAACACUGGAAAGUGCACGGAAUUGUUUCUGGAGGUGAUUACAAUAGCGAUAAAGGAUGCAAACCCUUUGGAGCGUUAGUGUACCUAAACAACACUAUUCCGGAAUGUCAGAAUUCAUGUACAAAUUUAGACUACGAGACUUCUUACAAUGAUGAUCUUCAUUUUGGAUUAAACUAUUACUACCUUGAAGAAGGAAAUAUUACUGCAAUUCAACUUGCACUGACAACUCAGGGGCCAGUUCAAGUAAAAUUUACGGUUUAUGAAGAUUUUCCAUAUUACAAAGAAGGUGUUUAUCAGCACUCUUAUGGCGAGGAAAUUGGUGGUCUCUACCUUAAGAUUAUAGGAUGGGGUGUUGAGAAUAGUGUACCCUAUUGGUUAGUAGCGAAUUCUUGGGGAACAAGUUGGGGAAGCUUGAAUGGAUUCGUAAAAAUAAGGAGGGGUUUCAAUGAAGGUGGUAUCGAAAGUGACGCCGUUGUUUGUGAAGCCGAUUAUGAAGCUCCCAUAACUACACCUACUACUACUAGUCCUACUACAACUACGACUGAUACACCCGGAGGGCAUGGAACGGCGAUUCAAAUUGCUCCUGUUUUACUUUUGCUAAUUCAUUUUGUGUUCAUACUUAACGUCUUUCCAUUUAACAAGAUAAUGUAAAUUCAUAUUUUUUAAAUAUCAUCUCCAGC